AUGAUCAAGCAAAGCCUCUAUGUGGGGUUAAAUGCAUCAUUGUUCAAUCGUUUUAUGGAGAAGAAUGAUUUUUUCAAUAUUUCACAGUUUAAACUAUACUUGGAUGAAAAUGGAGAAGUAGCACUAGAGCUGAAUAUCAUGAGCUUGCUGGUUCUCCCCCGGGGUGAUCCCAUCAAACAUCAACUGGGGAGUUUAGAAAGAGGGAGAGUUAAUAUCAACCAAGACGCACUUUCUCAGCUAAAGUUGCUCAACAAGUCCCUGCCUCAGUCCAAAUGUGUGGAAAAUUGUCAACCUGGAUUUGUCAAGAGGGCUCGAAAAGGAGAGCCAGUUUGCUGCUACGACUGCAUUCCUUGCCCGGAGGGAACCUUCUCCACUCAGGAAGAUACGGAAAAAUGCAUCAAGUGUCCAGAUGAUAAAUAUCCAAAUAAAGACAGAAUCCAAUGUAUCCCUAAAGUUAUAACCUUCUUGCCUCAUAAAGAACAUCUGGGCAUCAUCCUGGACUCUUUUGCCCUGCUCUUAUUCCUAACUACAGGCCUUGUUUUAAUCAUCUUCAUUAACGCCGUGAGCGACGCCGACGGCGACCAAUCCGGACUCGGCAAAAAGGAAGGCGCUGGGGGCGUGGAGGUAACGGAGCUUUCCGACCAGGCCAAACGCGACUUUCCGAAUCGGCCAAAGCAGCCCCCACCACCUGCCCGAGAUUGA